GCAGGCAGGGCGCAGCGAGCAACAGGAGGCGGCGCGGUCGCUCGCCGCCCCACCGCCGCUCGCGCCCAGCCCGCCCGGCCGCCGGCCCCGGGGCGCCGGCGCUAGCGGGGUGCUGCAGCCCGGGGACGGCCGAGGCGGGGGCUCGCAGGGAGAGAGAGCCGGAGAAGAAGGCGAACGGAGGAGGAGAGGAAGAGCGCGGCCGGGGCCGGGAGCGUGCGGUCGCGCGGGGCGGCGGUCCGCGGGCGGCCGGCUCGUGAUGGUGCUCCUGCCCCUGUGGGUAGUGGCAGCCGCGCUCCUGGGGGCCCGCGCUGCAGCCGGCCGGCAGGCUGGUGAAGAACAACAGAUCCAAAUAGAAUUACCAAAAAGCAGACCAAGGCCGUAUGGGUUAGUGAUUCCAAUUAGUACCAAUGCAGACGGAAGCUAUAUCUCCAAUGUACUCUCUGCAAGCCAUCAAAGAAGAUCAACGCGGGAGGUAUCCCAGAGCCCCAAACAGCUGUAUUUUAACGUCACCGCGUUUGGAAGGGAAUUCCAUCUCCGGCUGAAACCCAACACUCGUUUAGUGGCUCCUGAGGCAGUUGUGGAGUGGUACGAAGACUCUGUGGAAACUGGAAAUGGAAACGAUGCUGGUAACUCAAGUCAGACUAGAACUGCUACGGAGAGGUUGUGGAAAAGAGAGCCCCUGUGGACCAACUGCGCUUACGUGGGAGACAUAACUGACAUCCCUGGAGCUUCUGUUGCAAUUAGCAAUUGUGAUGGUCUGGCUGGUAUGAUAAGAACUGAUGAGGAUGAAUACUUCAUUGAGCCUUUGGAAAGAGGAAAACAAAUGGAAGAAGAAAAGGGAAGAAUCCAUAUGGUGUACAGGCGAUCAGCUAUAGUGCAACAUAUCACUGAUAUGCUCCCUGAUGUCCACACUGAAGAAUCUCUUCUUGGGGGCCUUGGAGACCUGAGUUCCCUGUACAGCAGUGUAGAACAGCAACUGAAUGAAACCCUGAGGCGACGCAGGCACGCAGGAGAUGACGACUACAACAUUGAGGUGCUGCUAGGUGUGGACGACUCUGUCGUCCGGUUCCAUGGCAAAGAACAUGUUCAAAACUACCUCCUCACCCUCAUGAACAUAGUGAAUGAAAUUUAUCACGAUGAAUCCUUGGGCGUUCACAUAAAUGUCGUGCUGGUCCGAAUGAUCAUGCUGGGGUAUGCAAAGUCCAUUAGCUUGAUUGAAAGGGGGAAUCCCUCGAGAAGCCUGGAGAAUGUUUGCCGCUGGGCGUACCAGCAGCAGAAGUCAGACCCCAAUCACUCUGAGCACCAUGAUCAUGCCAUCUUCUUGACUAGGCAAGAUUUUGGGCCUGCUGGUAUGCAAGGAUAUGCUCCUGUUACUGGCAUGUGUCACCCGGUCCGAAGCUGUACUCUCAACCAUGAGGAUGGGUUUUCAUCAGCUUUUGUUGUUGCUCAUGAAACUGGUCACGUGCUGGGAAUGGAGCACGAUGGGCAAGGGAACAGAUGUGGGGAUGAGACAGCAAUGGGGAGUGUUAUGGCUCCCUUGGUGCAGGCUGCCUUUCAUCGUUACCACUGGUCCAGAUGCAGUGGCCAAGAACUCAAAAGAUAUAUACACUCUUACGACUGUCUUCUUGAUGACCCUUUUGAACAUGAUUGGCCCAAGCUCCCUGAACUGCCAGGCAUCAAUUAUUCCAUGGAUGAACAGUGCCGCUUUGAUUUUGGUGUUGGCUAUAAAAUGUGCACAGCGUUCCGAACCUUUGACCCAUGCAAGCAGUUGUGGUGUAGCCAUCCAGAUAACCCGUAUUUCUGUAAGACUAAGAAAGGACCUCCACUCGAUGGGACAGAAUGUGCCCCUGGAAAAUGGUGCUACAAAGGUCACUGCAUGUGGAAGAAUGCUAACCAGCUGAAGCAGGAUGGCAACUGGGGACCCUGGACAAAAUUUGGCUCCUGCUCACGAACCUGUGGAACUGGAGUUCGCUUCCGAACGCGCCAGUGCAACAAUCCAAUGCCAAUUAAUGGAGGUGAAGACUGUGCUGGUGUCAAUUUUGAGUUUCAACUCUGCAAUACUGAAGAGUGUCCGAAGCACUUUGAGGACUUCAGAGCACAGCAGUGUCAGCAACGCAAUUCCCACUUUGAGUAUCAGAACAGCAAACACCACUGGCUGCCAUAUGAACACCCUGACUCUAAUAAGAGAUGCCACCUGUACUGCCAAUCCAAAGAAACAGGAGAUGUUGCUUAUAUGAAACAAUUGGCACAUGAUGGGACUCGCUGUUCAUAUAAAGAUCCCUACAGCAUUUGUGUUCGUGGAGAAUGUGUGAAAGUGGGUUGUGACAAGGAAAUUGGUUCCAAUAAGGCUGAAGAUAAGUGUGGUGUCUGUGGUGGAGAUAACUCCCAUUGCCGAACUGUGAAAGGAACCUUUACCCGCACUCCCAAAAAGCUUGGAAAACAUUUAAGCAAGAGGUGCCAAAAAGAAUUCACGUUUCUGGAAAAUGAAAUCUGGUACCUUAAGAUGUUUGACAUCCCUCCUGGUGCUCGACAUGUGUUUAUCCAAGAAGACGAGGCUUCUCCUCAUUUUCUUGCAAUUAAGAACCAGGCUACAGGACACUAUAUUCUGAAUGGAAAAGGGGAGGAGGCCAGAUCCCGAUCUUUCAUCGACCUGGGUGUGGAAUGGGAAUACAAUAUAGAAGACGACAUUGAAACUCUGCACACUGAUGGGCCUUUGCAUGAUGCAGUAGUUGUCCUGAUCAUUCCUCGGGAGAAUGACACAAGAUCUAGCCUGACUUACAAAUACAUCAUUCACGAAGAUUCAGUACCAACUAUCAACAGCAACAACGUCCUACAGGAGGAAAUAGAUACUUUUGAGUGGGCGUUGAAAAGUUGGUCACAGUGCUCCAAACCCUGUGGUGGAGGGUUCCAAUAUACGAAAUAUGGGUGCCGCAGGAAAAGUGAUAACAAAAUGGUUCAUCGCAGCUUCUGUGAAGCCAGCAAAAAGCCAAAGCCCAUUCGUAGAAUGUGCAAUCUUCAGGAAUGCACACGGCCUCUGUGGGCAGCAGAUGAGUGGGAAUACUGCACAAAAACCUGUGGGAAUUCAGGCUACCAGAUCCGCACUGUGCGUUGCAUUCAGCCCCUUCAUGAUGGUGCAAACCGCUCUGUCCAUUUCAAGUACUGUAGUGGAGAUCGCCCUGAGAGUCGCAGGCCGUGUAACCGAGUACCAUGCCCUGCACAGUGGAAAGCUGGGCCCUGGUCUGAGUGUUCUGUGACCUGUGGGGAGGGAACCGAGACCCGGCAGAUCAUAUGCCGCGCUGGUGACCAUUGCGAUGGAGAAAAGCCAGAAUCAGUGAGGGUUUGUAAACUCCCUCCCUGUAAUGAUGAGCCCUGUAUGGGAGACAAAUCUAUCUUCUGUCAGAUGGAAGUGCUUGCACGUUACUGUUCCAUCCCUGGCUACAACAAGCUGUGCUGUGAGUCCUGCAGCAAGCGCAGCAGCACUCUCCCACCACCAUUCCUUACCGAAGCUGCUGAAACUGAGGAGGAAGUGAUGUUUAAUCAAAGUGAUUUGCAUAGAGCUUUGGUGAUGCCAACGCCUUUAGUCCCUCACUAUGCAGAGUUCCUGCCAGGGAAAAGGGGCCUGGGCAGACUUCGCUUCGCAGAAGCGGAUACAGAUACACACAUCGCCCCAUCAAACACAAAGCCCAAGGGUGCUGAGUUUCCACAAUGGAGAGUUCCUCUGGCAAGCAAGACUUCCAAGCUAUUUGCUUUGCUCCACCAACCACCUGGCAACAGUAGCAGUCUUGGUCCUCCAAAUGACCUUGCUUUGGUCGCAGCUGUUCCUGUGGUGUCAGCUAAUAACACCACAGUGGGUGCUCCUUCUCCAUCAAGAACCUCACAGAAGAGUGAGAAGCAAAUUGACAAGAGAUGGCCUUCGAGGCCCUCCACUGUGGAAAGAUGAAUGUGAAUGCCACAUGGAGAAUAGUUGCAAAAAGAAGCUUUGGUCCGCUUUGUGUUUCAUUUCUUCACUUCUGGACACUACGGUGCAUGCUGCUUUCCACGAGCAGGACACUGCAGAUCAUCAACUAAUUCUCCUUGUAAAUACAAAGAACAAGAAGUGCUGGUUCACUUUCUAGUUGCUCCCAUCCUCCUUCCAUACUGUGUCAUCUGCUUAGCUUGAAUGCGUUGGAGGAAAGCACCAAAGAAUAUUCCUAACAGUGCACAAAAGUUGCCGAAGGCAUCGGUCAAGCUCUAGUACAGGGAAAGUGGCCAUGUCCUCAGUAGUCACCUCACUAUUUUUGUUUUGUUUUUAAACAAUCACAUGUAGAAAACACCCCACUACAAGAAGUACCAAACGUUUACAUGACACAAAAUACUUUUACAGUGGAACAACUGAAUUAUUAAGACUUGUUUUGCUAAUUUAUCUAUAUAAAUGGAUAUUGUAUGAGCAAAUUUGCAGCUGUUGUGUAAAUACUGUAUAUUGCAGAAAAUCAGUAUUAUUUUUAAGAGUUUUGUGCUGUCAGACAACUGUUUACCUAUGUUACAUUCUGGACAAUUGCUAGGUGCCUGCCAUUGAGUACUGCCUUAUUUACAUUCCACAAAUUGAUUUCUUAAGCAGCGUUGUCAUAAAAGGAUAAGUUCCAUUUUCAUAUGAAUUACAUCUACUGACACUAGGAAAGAGUUUGUUGUUUGAUUGUUCUUUAAUAUCAACAAUGUGAUGCUUUCUUUUCAAAGAGAGGGGGGAAAAAAAGAAGUGUAAUUCUAAACAUAAGAGUCUGCUUGUUGCCACCUGUCCAUUAAAAGUUGGUUCAGACAUUUUAGCAUAAUUCCAGUCACAGGUUGGAAAAAUGCUUUUACGUGCCUGUGAAAUGAACACUGACACCUGCAGCCUACACUGAGCAGGCACUGCUUUGGUUAGGAGUUGCAGCGCUGUCCCUUAAGUCUCCUCUUGCCUAAGAGGUCAGACCGGUGUAGGAAACCAUGUAUAUACUGUAAGUACUGUAAUAUUCACAAGUCAAAAAUGAGUUGUGUUUUCCAGACGAUCCAGUUGUUUUUUAUGAAGCUAAAAAAGCAUCAUAGUGGUAGCACUAAGAAGAAAUAGCUGUGGCAAGACUUAAAAGAGAUUUUUUUUCCUAUUGGAAGCAUUGGUUUAAAGGUGAGAGAGAUAUUUAUUUUUCAGCAUGGUUCACCUCAAAAUCUCCACAAGCACAAUGCAUCUGACUGCAAUAACGUACUAGUAAUUUAUGUCAAUAACCAUCUUGUUCACAGUCCACCCAAUCACACUCUCUCCUGUGUGUUGCUGUAAAGUACUUGUAUAUAGGAUUGAGAACUAAAGAUAUUUAUUAAAAGUUGAAUUCUUGAUAGUAUUUUAUGUACUAAAUAUUUACACUAAGGGCAGUUGACUAUCCUUUUUGCCAAGAUAAAAUAGAUGUAACUAGAUACUUGUACAUGCUAUGUCAUAUGGAUAGAACAGAAAUUUAAGCUAACUAAACUACUGUAGAGAAAUUGUUGAUCUUAUUCUUAAAAAUAAAAAAAAAGUCUUUGACAAUUUUUUUUUUAUUACAAGCAUCUUUAAUUUCUAAGUAGGAUAUUAAAUAUUCAUGUGCAAUUUUUGUUUCCCCAUAAGAGGUCCUCAUGAUUGCCCUAUUUGAAAGAACAGCGGAUGUUUGCCUCUAACAUACUAUAAAACAGUAGGAUGCCAAAUUAAGACUCCAAAGGUUAAAUUCUGGAAAGAAACUCCUGAGGUGAUUAUGCAUACUCACUGGAUGACUAGGAUAAGGUAAGGAUGAAAACUGUUGUCAGACGACUUUUAUUGUAAAUGAAAUUUAAGAUGAAUCCUCUUCAAGGGAGUACGGGGUCACUGCGCAUCUUACGUUGCGAUGCACAUAAUCUGACCCACUGUAGUACUGACUCACCACCUCUAAAGAAUUGCUGCUACCUUUCCGCAAGGCUUUUGAAGGUCAAAGAAAUCAGUAUUAAAUAUAUUGUACAGACAAUCCCUGAGCCUCAAACAGACAAAUAGGGUGUGUUUUGUUACUUGGAAAUUUCCAAAAAGUCAAAUACUCUGUCUUUAUCUUCUACAUAUAUAUAGUGUGGGUGUAGAUAAUCGUUGUACCUUUUUGCUUUCUUUUCUACCAAGCUACUUUCUCUUUCAUUAAAGUGUACACUACUGAUCCUGUUUGUUGUAUUGGGGAGCAUGUAGCAAUAAAAUCUUUAAGAUAAUAA